AAAGACGUUUGGAUUCUCUGUUUGUAUGGGAUCUGAGCUCUGAUGACUCUUUCAGUGAACAAUUGAACAAGUGAUGAAUAGAAAUGCGGAGGCAGCGGCUCCAACAGUGGCAGAAAUCAGCAGAGGGAGAGAUUUCUAAAGAGGACGAAGAAUAUAAGCUGGAUCCCAAAAUCUCGGAAGGUUAUAACCCCAGCGUUCUGCUGCUCAGAUUAGAUGUUAAGCAGAUGCUGAUUGUUAAAGAAGAAGCUCCGGCAGACCACAGACAUUGUGCUGACCACCAUGACCCAAAGCUCCACCAUAUUAAGGAGGAACAGGAGGAGGUCUAUGUCAGCUUUAAGGAAGAGCAGCUCAGUGAGAAGGAAGAGAUCAAUCCUGUCAGGUUUCCAGUCACUGCUACUCAAAUAAACAGCGGGAAUGAUGAACAGUCCCCUCUGCUCUCCCAGUUUUAUCCUGACUUUUUCAAAGGCAAGAUACAAGAAGGUGAAGAUGGUUCUAUUUACUUAAAGACUGAAGACCCUGCAAAGGAAGAAACUGAAGAGACUAUAAAACAUCCCAUCUCAGAGCUGCAACACUUGACAGACACUAGUCUGAAAACUAACAACAUGGACGAUGACUGGGAGGAGAGUAAAGCUCCUGAGUCAGACGGAAACAUUGGAAACAAACCAUUUAGAUCUUUUGAGUUUGCUGAACAAUUGGUUCAACAUCAGUUUAAUCAAAAAUACACAAUCAACUCAGAUAUAGGGUCUUCCAGCUCAUUGGAAAAUAAAUGUUUUACAGAUAAGAGAAAUGUCGACUCUGGAAGGGAAGUCCAGACAGACAAGAAGUUUACCUGUGAUGACUGUGGUAAAAUGUUUAGUAUAAAGAGCAAUUUUAAUAGACACAAGAUGAUCCACACAGGGCUGAAACCUUUUUGUUGUGAUCUAUGUGGACAUAGCUUUAGCCUUAAAGGAAAUUUGAAAGCACACAUGAGAGUUCACACAGGACAGAAACCUUUCUGCUGUGAUAUAUGUGGACAAAGGUUUAGUCAAAAAUCUAAUUUAAACACACACCUUAUAGUCCACACGGGUAACAAACCUUUCUAUUGUGAUCACUGUGGACAAAGCUUUAGCCUUAAAAGGAAUUUUAACAUACACAUGAGAAUCCACACGGGGCUGAAACCUUACCAUUGUGAUCUAUGUGGACAGAGAUUUAGGGAUAAAGGAGAUUUGAACGCACAUAUAAGAAUCCACACAGGACAGAAACCAUACUUUUGUGAUCUAUGUGGGCAAAGGUUUAGUCAAAAAGAGAAUUUUAAGAAACACUCAAGAAUCCACACAGGACAGAAACCUUUCUGCUGCGACGUAUGUGGUAAAAAAUUCAACAGAAAAGAAAAUUUAAAGACGCAUGUAAGAAUCCACACGGACGAGAAACAGUUCUGUUGUGAUCAAUGUGGACAACGAUUUAGACGAAAAGAGCAUCUAAACAUGCACUUGAGAAUUCAUAAAGGAGAGAAACCUUUCUGUUGUGACCUGUGUGAACAAAGAUUUACCCGAAAAGCAACUCUAAACAAACACAUGAAAACCCACACCAAUCAACAGCUGGCUAAAGUUUGAAAACUCAAACUAUGACGCUGCAGUUAGCUGUGAAAUAUUACUGUUGAAAUGACAGCAGAUGUUAGUGAUCAGCGCGGCAUAUGCUGUGCUAUAAGCCCUUUUCACACUACCCUUUUGAAACUGAGCUGAGAACGGUCUGACAGUAACCAACUAACUAACUGAUGAGUGUAAAUAGAACAUAAUUGAACUGGACCGUGCAAGACGCAACCGAACCGCUCUACAUAUACCGGUAGUACUAGUUCAAUUGUAGGGCUCUGCACGAUUCAAUUGUGGCUCAGUUCUCUGAAACCAAGCAGCGCAUGUGUGCAUCGUCUCUUAUUUACAGUCAGCUGACUCAUUUCGCUGGUUUUCAGGCGUGUCCGGCUUUAUAAAUCACAGAUCUCUCCACCUGUUAACAAAUGAACUUCUUCUCCGCCUAUUAACAAUAAAUUACAUCAAAAGAGCGUGGGACCUGGGAUGAUGCCGAGACUGAGGCUCUCAUUGAAAUUUGGGCAGAGAACGCUAUCCAGGCACAUAAGUUCCUAAAUGUUAUGGGCGCCACAAUUUUUUGGGGGGGUAAUUCCUGCCUUGAGAGCUGUAGUAUGGAUGACUACCGAUAGGAGGCAAGGAACGGAGCUAGCAUGAUGUGUAAAUGGUCAUAAGGAACCAAGCUCGGCACAGUUAAAUGAUCCAAGCUCAGU